CGUGAAAAAGAAAACGUAGAAGUUUCCGAAGUGUUAUUUGACGGUGAAAAUGGUUGAUCAUUUCAGAUCACCGAGCAAAGUCCUGCAAGAUGUCUGUGAUAUCAAGCCUCUGAGUUUGGGCGGCCUAAACGUGUCUGAAUUCCGCUUGCUUCUUCUCGGUCAAGUUAGUUCGGGCAAAUCAAGCUUCUACAACACAGUUAACUCUAUUUUCCGAGGAUAUGUCACCAGUCAGGCCAUCACUGGUAAUGCUGGUCGAAGCGUAACGACAAUGUUUCGCAUGUAUGAUGUAGCAUCAUCUCCUCUCAAAGAGCCUUUCAAAUGGAAAAUCUGCGACACUGUUGGCCUUCUACCUGAUAAUGGCUUAAGCGUGUCUGAGCUUCUUUAUCUUGUGGAUGGAAACAUUCCCAACAGAUUCCAAUUCAGUCCUUACGGUGGCAUAACUCCAGACAGUCCUGGAUUUAUUGAAGCGCCUACUCAUUCCCAAAGGGCGCAUUGCGUUGCACUUGUCAUCGACGCCUCCACAGUGGACAACAUUCCAGAAUCUAUGUGGCAGAAGUUCAGAAUGUUCCAAGAUGCCGUAAAUGCAAGGCGUGUACCCAUGGUAGUACUACUUACCAAGAUUGACCUGGCCUGCCCUCAAACCCAGGAAAACCUUCUUCACGUGUUCCACAGCCAACGCAUCCAGCAAGUAGUGCGCAUGAUCAGUACCAGGCUCCAGGGUCUACCAACCAAUAAAAUCUUCCCUAUCAAGAACUACGAGUGGGAAACAGAGCUGAACAUGCACGUGAACAGUCUCGCCUUGCUGGCACUUCGACAAAUGUUACGAUUCGCACAGGACUACAUCGAAGACAAGAGCGACUACCUACGAGAGUUGGGCGCCAUAAGGCAUCGUCUAAGCACACGAGAGUUGGCAUACACUAUGUUAAUUCUCAUUGGAUUCUUCUUGUUUCUAUAUCUGGCCUUCAGUGGAAACUACUUCAACAACGUCAUGACGGCCACUAAAGAAUGACUUUUCGGAUAUACUACUGAAAGACAACCGGAUAUACCAAGGAUUAAAAUGCCAAUUAUUUAAACGUAUUUUCAUAAUGCUACGCAUACGCAAAUCACUUAUAUCACCCUCAGAAGGACAUCGUACUUUUUCUGAACUUCAAUAUAACUAAGAAUUACGGUAUUUCAGUAUAUAUCCUUAUCUGUAGAUAUAAUCUUUAUAUGAGAUCUCUGUAAAUAAACUCUAUU